AUGAAAUUUCUCAGUCUCACCUUCUUCAUAACACUAAUAGCUUUAAUUGAAAUUGUUUCGUGUGGUAGAGAUUUUUAUAAGAUACUGGGCGUUACUCGUAGUGCGAACGCCAACCAAAUCAAAAAAGCCUAUCGUAAACUAGCUAAAGAAUUGCAUCCGGAUAAGAAUCCUGAUGAUCCUGAAGCCAAUGAACGGUUCCAAGAUUUAUCGGCCGCUUAUGAGGUAUUGUCGGAUAAGGAGAAACGAGCUACCUAUGAUAGACAUGGAGAAGAAGGUGUUAGUAAAAUGAACGGAGGAGGAGGUGGACAUGAUCCUUUCUCAUCUUUCUUCGGAGAUUUCUUCGGAGGUGGAGGAGAACGUGAUGAACAGAUUCCAAGAGGAGCCGAUGUAGUUGUGGAUCUAUUUGUUAGUAUGGAAGAAGUUUACGUAGGACAUUUUGUUGAAGUAAAACGAAGGAAAGCCGUUUACAAGCAAACAUCCGGUACUCGUCAAUGUAACUGCCGAACUGAGAUGAGAACUGAGCAAAUGGGAAUGGGUAGAUUCCAAAUGUAUCAGGUCAAAGUGUGCGACGAAUGUCCCAAUGUCAAGCUCGUACAAGAGACAAAGACCUUGGAGGUGGAAGUAGAAGUAGGUGCUGACGAUGGUCAUGAGCAAGUUUUCGUUGGUGAGGGAGAACCCCAUAUUGAAGGCGAACCAGGAGAUCUUAAGUUCCGUAUUCAAAUACAGAAACACCCAAGAUUCGAAAGACGCGGUGACGAUCUGUACACCAACGUCACAAUUUCUCUUGAAGACGCACUGAAUGGAUUUACAAUGGAAAUUGAGCACUUAGAUGGGCACAAAGUGACUGUCGAGCGCGAUAAGGUUACAUGGCCAGGAGCACGGCUGAGGAAAAAAGAUGAGGGUAUGCCCUCUUUAUCAGACAACAACCAAAAGGGAAUCUUAUACAUCACUUUUGAUGUUGCCUUCCCACGUAGUGAACUAACAGCUGAACAGAAGAAGCUUGUAGCCGAUUUGCUUCAGCAAAGCGAUGUCAAACCUAAAGUUUAUAACGGAUUACAAGGCUAUUAG